AGCCCAAAAGCUUGGCUGGCUGCAGCUGCUGGUCGAUUGCUGCAGCCGGAGGAAGCGGCUGUAGCAACCGUAGCCGCAACCUGCAACAUGCAUCCGAGCAGGCUCUAUAUCUUUGGAUGAUACUUAAUAUCUUUGGAUGUCUAUAGGUAAUUGAAAUUGCUGCAUAGUGUUGUAGCUACCUUUGGAUAUAGUUUGCUUAACUAUAUAAGUUAGCAUUUGGGUUGUUUGCUGCUCCAUAAGCAUCAACAUGGGAACAUUUUCUCUCUGCCUAGUGUUUUCAGCCAUUCUAGUUUUUGCUCACAACACACUAACUUGUUGUGGUUAUGCUUCAAAUCAGGUGAGUCCAUAAAUCAACCCCCCCCCUCAAAUGUUAUAUAAAAAGAUCUAGAACCGUAUAUAAUUACUUUUUUGUUAGAAGUAUUCAUUCUUGGUUAUAUAAUUUGAAAUCUUGAAUAAAUACUGGAAAAUAAGAAUUAUAACAGAUUUAAGUAUAUCAUAGCCUUAAUCUAAUUUGAUUGUAGGGCAAGCUUUGUGGUGCUUCUCUAGGAGAUGAUGUUGACCAAUCGACUAUGCACUGUAUGGAUCUAUUUUUCCGUACGAUCAUGAACGAAUCACGCACAAUGCAACGAUCCAAUGAUAAAAAUGGAACACGAUUUGAGGCUCGGACAAUAUCCGAUUAUUUCGCAGCGCAUGUAAUGAACACACAAAGUUACUAUGGAAUUCAAACAACAAGUGAUAUGUAUAGUGUUCCAGUAGACAAAGAUGAACAGAGUGGAAUGUUUAUUCAACUUUACAACCAAGGAAAUGGAAGAUCGAAUCACAAUGCAAUAAGUGUUGGAUGGCAUGUUUAUCCAGCCUUAUAUGGUGAUUCUAAGACUCAUUUUUAUGUCUACUGGACACGUGAUGGUUACCAAAAGACAGGUUGCUACAAUUUAAAUUGUCCUGGCUAUGUGCAUGAAGCUAAUGUAAAUAUUGUUCCCGGAGUUACCAUUGAUGCAGUUUCUGAUCCAAAUGGAGUCAAGCGCACCAUCAUCGUAAAAGUAUUUAAGGAUGGCGUUGGAGAUUGGUUAUUGCACAUUGGAUUUGACUCAGAACCAUAUUUAAUUGGGCGAUUUCCUAAAUCAUUAUUCACUGGUCUUGGAGAUAAAGCAGAUACUAUCAGACUUGGUGGAUUUGUGCAGACACACGUACCCCAUUUGGCCCCAAUGGGAAGUGGAUUCCUUCCCAACAAUAUAAAAGCUGCAUCAUUCAGCAAUAUACAACUCAUUGAUUAAAAUGGCCAAGCAUCAAAAGUUCGACGAGAUCAUCCCGUAUUUAUUGAUGAUGGAAAUAUAUAUUCAGUAUCCCCUAUUAAUGCUGAGGGGAAGUUUACCUAUGGUGGACCUUUAGGAUAAGAAACAAGCAAAGUUCCAUAGUAACUAUUUGAACUGAAAUAUGAUUACAUAACCCUUGCUCAUAGCUUAUC